AUGGGCUCGAAAGACGAGGAGGCAUCUGAAAUUACAAAUACGGACCCGACUAUGUCUGGGAUAUCAGAUAUACCACAAUUAUCCAAAGAACAACCCGUGUUUGACAUCGAAGAAGUACAACUUCAAUUCGACCUUAAUCAUUCGUUGCAUAAAUUAUGUGUUAAAAAUAACGUCAUGUAUCUUCUCGAAGAUAAUUACGUAUACAAAAUUAAUUUGGAAUAUCCUUCGGAGGUAAAGCAGCUUCUGCUACCAUCUGGAACAGACAGUAAGAUCACUGAUUCUUGGCUACAUCCGAAUGGAUUGCAUUUGGUCAUACGGACCAACAAUAAUAAUUACUAUUAUUUGCAUGAAUCAUAUAACGACUUUAAAUUACUUCCACGGCUUAAAGGUAUGGAUAUCAAAUUCGUGGUGUUUCCAAAUUCACUGGAAUAUAAAGAAUCUACAGGUGACUUUUUGAUGGGAACAAAGGAUGGCUCCGUCUACAUAGGAAACAUUAAACAUCAUGAAAGUGGACAUGAUAAGAAGAGAGAUGAUAAAUAUGUGAAGUUAGUAUACAAACAACCGCAACCAAUUUUAGGACUUACUUAUACGAAUAAUGAUUUACAAAUAAAUUUAUUUACUGGUGAUCAAUUAUUAAUAUGGGAUUGCUUUGACAAUACAUACGCUGAGUUGAUUAAAGUAUUCAAAAUGAAACCGAAAGCAGUCACUAUUCCAAAAUCUAAUAACAUGCCUCCUGUUUUUGAAUCCAAUGCUUAUUAUUUUACUUAUUUGGUGUCACCUGCUAAUGAGAUAUAUUCUAAUGAUCCCGAACUAUGUCUUUCUAAAACUGAAAAAUUGAAUUUUAUGAAUGAUUCUGUUUCCACUUAUACUAAUUCAUUGAUAAUAACGGCGCAUCAUUUAAUCGCAUUAAAUAAGGAUCACGAUAAGCUUUAUAUCCAUAACAAAUUGGCGAACUCAAAACCCAUUGUACUAGAUGUGAAGGAAUCUUUACAGAAAAAUGAAAAGCUUCUUGGUAUAACCGCUGACUAUGCCAAAAUGACAUAUUGGCUAUAUUCAAGUGAUAGUAUAUAUGAGCUUGUUAUUAAUAAUGAAUCAACAUCCGUCUGGUAUAACUAUUAUAAACUUGGAAAAUAUGAGAAAGCUUUAAAUUGUCUUGAAGAUCCAGAUUCGAAAAAUUAUUUCAAGAAGGAUAUGGUUUUAGUAAAACAAGGUUACGAUUAUUUACAAAAGGGCGGCUUCGGAAUUGAUUUUGCUGAUGAAGACAUCGAUCAAGACUUAUUUAACCUUCAAAUCAAGGGAAUAAGGAUCUUAGGACAACUGUCUGAGCCAUUUGAAAAGGUAUGUUUGAUGUUAUUAAACUUGCAACAACCUCUUAUUGAUGAUGAUAGAGCUAAACGUAAUUAUUCAUCGGAUAAGUUAUUGGUUGAAUAUUUAUUAGUGAAGUUUAAAAUUGCUAAAACAAUAGAAAGAUCUCGUAUUAGAGUGAUAAUUUUAUCAACCUGGAUUAUUGAAUUAAUGCUCAGAACGACAUACGCAUUAGAGAAUGAAGUCAAUCUCCAGACGUCAUCUGAGGCACCAAUAACUCGAAAGGAUGAUUCAACUCAAAAGAACUUUGAGAAGUCGAGGAGUAUGCUUAAAUCCCUAGAUAACCAGUUUGAAAAUUUUCUAUCUCAAAAUUAUAAAAUUCUUGAUACUAAAACAGUGUACCAGGUAAUUAGUAAUUUGCAUUAUCCUUCGAAAUUAAUAUAUUUUGCCGAGUUAAUAAAGGACUAUGGGUUUAUUCUAAAUUACUAUAUUGAUAUAGAAGAUUGGGAUAAUGCUUUGAAGACGUUAAUUAAAAUAUAUACUGUAUCAGAGACUCACAAUGUGGAUAUAAUUUACAAGAAAUCUGCAGUCUUAUUGAUAAACAGUCCGAAAUUGACUGUUGAUACCUGGUUAAAAUUCCCAAGUUUGAACUAUGAAAAGUUAUUGCCGGCAAUUUUAAUCUUCAACAAGAAUAAUCAUGCAUUGUCAUUAGCAGAUAAUCCCAGCAUUCCAUUUUUACUGAAGGUAAUCUACGAUAAGGGUAUUAAAGAUAAGGCUCUUAAUAACUGUUACUUAUCUUUAUUAAUUACAUAUCCAUUCAAUGAUGAUAAUACGAAGAAGCGUUGUACGAGGUAUAUUGUCAAAUUCUUGAACUAUGCUAAGUCUGAAUCGAUAAAUAACUCGAAGAAGCUUUCUAUGUAUUCUGCAGAUUUCAUCCUCAGAUUAUGUAUCAAUCAUAAACAAUAUCAGCCUGCUGUUCUUAUUUUGAUUAAUGAUAUGGGCUUAUAUGAGCAAGCGUUGAAGCUAUCCAUUGACAAUGAAUUAACGGAAUUAGCUGAAUUUGUAUUAAAGAAAUAUGAAGAAUCAAUCCUAAAUAGCGGAGACUUUGAAUUAGUUGGAGAGGACUACGAACUAGUGUACGAUAAGAUGGAAACUGAAGAUAUAAAUUCUGUUUCUAAAAUCAAGUUAGAAGAAGAUAACUUUAGUUCCAGAAAAAAACUUUUAAUGAUGUUUGCAAAAUAUAUUAUUGACGGCAUUUGCCAAGGUAAGGAGUUUGAAAUUUUGGAUAUUGUUGGUGAUGAUAAAGAAAGCAAUAUUUUGGUAUCGCAAAACAAUGGAAGUGAAAAACAAAACGGUGAUACGGUUAAGGAUGUCACAAAUGAUCUAAUCGAUUCAAUGAGCAAGACAGAUAAUCUGGUUAUUAGAGAAAUAAACCUGUCGAAGUUAAAUAAAGCUCUUAGAUACUUAUUGAAUUUAUCGUUUGGGAACAAUUCAAAUUCGAACAUUAUUACUCUUAAAGACUUAUUACCAUUAUUUCCAGAAUCGAUUAUGAUUAAUAAUUUUAAGGAUGAGAUUGUGAAAUCGUUAAACCAAUACAACACACGAAUCAAUCAGUUGUCUUCAGAAAUGCAAGAGUCCUUGAAUAUUACGCAUAAUUUAAAAAACCAAAUUAAAGAAUCUAGGAAGAGAGGUACAAGGGGUAAAAUUUAUACAAUUAUUGAACCCGGGGAGCCAUGUAAGUUAUGUCAAAAUUUGUUAAUUAAUAAAAAUUUUGUAUGCUUUCCAAACUGUCAUCAUAAUUUCCAUAAGGAUUGUCUUGUGAAGUAUUAUCUUAAGCUGAAAAGUGAUUAUCGUUUCAAAAAAAUAUUCCAGGAUUUCAAAAAGAAUACAAAUGUAUCAAAUAAAGAAGAAUUAGACGAUAUCAUGUUAAAGGAAUGCGUUUUAUGUAAUGAUGGAAAUAUUUCGACAAUUGAUGCUAAUUUAAUUGAUAUCGAUAGAAAUAAAUCAGAAUUACAAGAAUGGCAAUUAUAG